AUGCCCGACGACUCAAAGGGGAAGGGAUUCCUCGAUACGGACGCCAAAACCUCCGCAUUACCCAAGAAGUCGCCAUUCGAGAAAGCGAAAGCCGAAGCCGAAGCUAAACGCGCCCGGGAAAAAGCCGAAACCGCCGCGGUUUAUGAAGAUUUCGUCAAAUCAUUCGAAGAGGAUACUUCGACGGCCUCCCGGGCCUCGGAUGGACGACUAGGUACAUUUGGAAACAGAGGUGGUGGGUUUGGAGGAGCGCGACCAUCGCGACACUUCUCAAGCUCCGUGACACGGACCAGUGGACCAGGGAGUCUACCACCUCCUUCUGGGCCUUUCGCACCGCGUGGGAACCAAAGAGGAUUUGGGGCUUCGCCACGUAACCGAGACUCGACACAAGGUAUUUUGGGAUACGACCAGCCAGGCCCAGGCCCACGACCGGCGUUUCGCAACACUUCGGAUGACGAAGAUGAUCGCAGGACAGAUGCGAGAGAGGCAGAGAAGGCUGCGGCUAGAUACACUCUUUGUCUCGAAUCGCUGCCGCUAGGAACAUCUCCCUUUGUGCUCAAGUCUCUGAUCCCAUCUUUCUUAAACGUGGACAAUGUCAACAUCCUCCGACCAACCAACCAACCACCCACCGAGCGCAAGUCCGCAGCCGCCAUCAUUACCCUCGCCAGUGAUACUCCGCUCUCCGAUGUAAAUAGCGCCAUCAGCAUGCUCGACAAGAAGUACCUUGGCAGGGGUCACUACCUGUCUAUCCACAAAGGCCAUUCCUCCGCCGCAAUUAAUUCAACUCUACCAGCGACUAUUGGCACAACUACGACCAAGUCACUCCCAUUUGGUGCAAAGACUAUUCAACCCACCUUUGGUGGAAGCCUGAACCGAGCUCCACCCCCAGGGCCUCAUCGAGGGUUUGCGCCUCCAGAUUCAUAUGGGCCCAAUCUUGGGAGAGGUGGAGGCUCUACACAGGUCGAAGUACAAGCACCAUCAGAUAUCAAGCAAUUGAGACUGAUACAUAAGACGCUGGAGAACCUCCUCAACUAUGGACCUGAAUUCGAGGCGUUGCUUAUGAGUCGACCAGAGGUGCAAAAGGGAGAGAAAUGGGCUUGGAUCUGGGAUGCCCGAAGUCCCGGUGGUGUCUACUACCGGUGGAAGCUGUGGCAAAUCAUCACCAACCCUCGGGCACACAGCAAAAGGAAAACUGGCGGCCCAAAGUCAUCUUUCAUUUUCGAAGGAGGGCCAACCUGGACUCCACCGGAGACGGAAAUCAAGUUUGAGUACACUACACGUCUGGAUGAAUUUGUAUCGGAAGAUGACUACAAUUCUUCCGAAGAGGAGAUGUCUGAUGGCGAGGAAGAGAGGCGUAACCUCGGAGGAGGGCCCCCUCCAGAGGGCACCAGUACGCAGAAUGACAGCCUGGGCUACAUGAAUCCCCUACAAAAAGCGAAGCUUACGCAUCUUCUUGCCCGUCUUCCGACCACACAGGCAAAGCUCCGGCGAGGCGAUGUCGCCCGGGUCACAGCCUUUGCCAUCAAACAUGCAGGCACCGGGGCGCGUGAGGUUGUCGACAUGAUCGUGCUCAACAUUCUUCAUCCAUUGGCAUAUACAGGGGCCAAUCCCGAGCGAGAAAUGGAGAAGGAUGCCGCGAGGCAGGAGGAGGGUGAUAAGGACAUGUCAAAUCCCUCGAAGCAGAAGAUCGACAUGUCCUCGGCCAAACUGGUUGGGCUCUACCUUAUUUCCGAUAUUCUCGCGUCGUCUGCCACGAGUGGAGUUCCCAAGGGAUGGCGAUAUCGGUCCCUGUUUGAGACUGCACUUCGGUCCCACAAGGUCUUUGAACACCUUGGCAGGCUCGAGAAAGAAUUGAAUUGGGGCAGACUCCGCGCUGAGAAAUGGAAGCGCAGCGUGGGCAGCCUCCUCCACCAAUGGGAAGGCUGGAGUAUUUUCCAGCCAGCGAACCAGGAACAUUUCCUAAAGGUGCUUGAACAGCCACCACUCACCGAAGAAGAGUCACAAAGGGAGCUGGAGAAGGCUGAAGCUGAACGGGCCGCUCAUUUGGCUUCUAAGAGCAAGAGCCGAUGGAAAACCGUUGAAGACGAUCCUGCAUCUGGGAAAUUUGACUCUGAUCGCCCUGUCGAUGCCGAGAGCCAGCCGCAUCCUCCGUCUGAAGCAGCUGCUACGGCGGAGGAUGAAUCCAUGAGUGACCUCGACGGCGUUCCCAUGGAAGACAGCGACUUGGAAAUGCUGGACGAUGACGGGGAACCCAUGGACGAAGAUGCGCCUCCGCUGGAUGAAGGCGAUGUACCGCCGUCGGUACCCGAUCAGCCUUUACAGCCUGAGCAGGAAGACGGGCACCAAGAAGAAGGAUCUCGGCGGCCACGCAGACCACGGCCCAAAGCUGAGGACAUGUUCGCAUCGGACUCGGAGUGA